AUGAAACUGCUGAAAGACCUCACAAUAUCGCGAAAAGAAUUUGCAGAUUGGACGAGAAACUUAGUAUGGAGUCGCGAUGGAACUUUGUUCCUGACUACUUACCCAGAACUCACAGUUUGUUUACCAGUGUAUAAUAAACAGAUUGGCAGAAGCAGUAAAGAUCUCUUUCAUGUCAAAGAAUAUCCACUAUCGCUACCAAAUAAAAUAGAAUAUGAGCUUACUGAAGAGAAUACAAUGUUGAACUCGCAACCCGAAUCCUUCGUUAAACUUUGCAAACCAUCUCCGGUUGAUGACUUACUAGCAAUUAUGACCAAUAAUGGAAAUGUUUGUGUUUUCAGAGAGCGACGGCUAAUUGUGGAAAUUGAUGAGCCCAAGAAGUCUUUGAAGAAAAGAACAUAUCACUCAAUGGCAUGGAGCCCUGAUGGCAAUUUUUUCGCUGUUGGGAAUGAAGAUGGUGAUCUAGUUAUCUUUUCGGUAUCAAGAAGUUCAGAUAAAGUGGACUUCUCGCUUAAGACAGCAAUCAAUUUGGAUGAAAAUAAUUCUGAGUGGGUUUUGGGAAUUGAAUGGAGUCAAAAUGCAAUAGUUGUUCAUUUAAGUGAUAAUUCGGUACAUGUUGUGAAACAGGACUUUUCUUUCAUGAAGGUAAAAGAAUCUUCGCGAUUCAGGGUCACAGAUGUCCGAGUUAUAAACAAUGACGCUUUUAUAACAAGCACAGGAUUUUUGCACAAAAUCAGCUUGAAGGAUAACUUUUCAACUUUUGUAGAAGUUGGAAUAUGUGACGAGUUUUACAUUCUGCCAGUCAAAUCGCAAAAUGCUGCAGUUUUGAUUUCUAAUAAAACGAGUUACAUGGUUGACCUGGAGAAAGAAAUGACUAUUCAUACGGAUAGCAUAAUAUCCCCUCACCUGGAAGGAAAAUUUAAAAAAUGGAAUAACGUUUUCAAUGAGUUUAAUAAAUAUGAAACUAAUUUAUUCAUUUAUGGCUUGGCUGUAUCUCCCGAUGAAGCAUCCGUGGCAAUAUUAUACAACAUAGAUAGGGUAUCUAUUCGAUACAGAAUUGCGUCAGAGCUACAAUAUCGAAUAUGUUUCAUUCCCUUGAAUGAGAAAUGGUUCAUUUCUCAAGAAACCACUGGCUUGGCUUGGUAUCAAAAUUUCCACAUAUAUGACUCGAGACUUCCAGAGGAUUCGAAUAUAAACAGUUAUACUGAACAGUUGGACGCAGACGUCGACUUUGAAUUGUUUCUUCGCCGUCUCUUAAAGGAUAAUGAUAUUAACAAAUCAAGAUUUUUGAAUUUUGUUAAUGAUAGGAAAGAAAACAAUAAAUACAGAGAGGCAAUAUUCAGAUACGCCGAACAAAAUAAAGAUGCUAUUGAUAAUCCACUGGAUAAAGCUUGCGUCCAAUCCCUUGCAAAUAUAUUAAAAAAACCAAGUCCAAUCCAUUCUGAGGUGGUAUUAAUCAAAAGUGACUUCAUCUCGGAAACAUUCAGAUUCGAUAAUAACUUCGAUCCUGAAAUAAUCACAUCUGAGGAAGGUCACACUUGGAGACGUUGCUCAGUCACUCUCCUGCCGCUGUUGACAACAAAGGUAAAAAUCUGUCCAGUCAGUGCGCAACGAAUAAUCAAUAUUAGACAAGAUAUCCAUAAUGAUUAUGGGUGGUUUACGGGAACAAUUUUGAAAGUUUUAAAUAACGAAAGUAUUUACAGUGGAACAAAGAUGCUAAAUGCAGAAUGA